CAAUAAUAUUUUAUAUCGCUCCCAUGCCACAGAACCUUUAGAACCAAGCAAAAUAAAUAUAAAAACUCCAAUAAAACAUAAAGUCCAAACAAUUUACAAGCUGUCAACAAUUGGAGAGCGCAGUAAAGCGAAACCGUAGCAGAUGUGAACGCUUGCGUUGCCAGAGCGCAACCAAAAACACGCACAAAAAAUUCUUCAGCCCACCAAAAACAAAAAAGAAAAGAAAAACAAAAAACAGAAAGCUGGAAAAUGAAUGCACUUCGUCAUUUUUACAUGGAGAUUCCGAUUGUGACGCGAGUCUACACCACAGUCUGUGUGCUCACAACGCUGGCGGUGCAUCUGGAUUUGGUGUCGCCUCUGCAAUUAUACUUUAAUCCCACACUGAUUGUGAGGAAAUAUCAGGUGUGGCGUUUGGCAACCACAUUCCUAUACUUUGGCACCAUCGGCAUUAGUUUCUUCUUCAAUAUGGUGUUCACAUAUCGCUAUUGCCGGAUGCUCGAGGAUGGCUCGUUUCGCGGCCGCAGCUCCGACUUUGUGAUGAUGUUCAUAUUUGGCGGCGUCCUCAUGACAUUCUUUGGCAUCUUUGUCAAUCUGCUCUUCCUCGGCCAGGCGUUCACGUUAAUGCUCGUCUAUGUGUGGUCCAGACGCAAUCCCAUGGUUCCAAUGAAUUUCUUUGGUGUGCUCAACUUUCAGGCGCCUUAUCUGCCUUGGGUGCUACUCUGCUGUUCCAUGAUCCUGGGUAAUACGGUUUGGGUGGACAUCAUUGGCAUGGGCGUUGGCCACAUCUACUAUGUGCUGGAGGAUGUAUAUCCGCAGCUCUCCAAUGGCUAUCGACUGAUAAAGACGCCAUAUUUUCUUAAAAGACUUUUCAACGAGCACAUUGAGCGCAAUUAUCAAGCACCUGCGGAGGAUCGUCCUGGUGGCUUCAUGUGGGGUGGCGAGGGUCAGCCGGUGGCGCAACCAGAUCAAGCAGAUGAUGCACCACAGCCAGCGGAACAGCCGCCAGCAGCUGCAGCAGCAGCUCAAUAACAACCACCGACACACAGAAACCAGGCAAACAAAGUUGUUGAUUAAUUGUUUAUUAUGCGCUUUGAUACAAACAAAAAAAAAAGAAAAAAGAGACAGAAUUUUGCACGAGACGAGACGAAGAUGAAGAUGAAAAUUAACAAUUUAGGACCCCUCCGCCACCUGUCACUUGGUGCUUGCUAUGAUUAGGUACAUAUUGAAAGCGAUAAAGAGAGCUCAGCCUUAUCCAUGGAACGAUAUGGCGUGCAAUAGUUAGCCAAAGUUAAUUCAAAUGUGUGUUUUGUGUGUAUUUAAUCUAUUUAUUAUUAUUGGUUGAUUUUUCCGAUUCGCGGAACUGGUCGAGUUUAGUACGCAAAUUGUACUUGACUUCUAUUUUCUUUGCCUUAAGUUUUUCCUUUUCUGUGUAGAUUCAGCACAUGUGAUUAUAUAUCUAUAUAUAUAUACAUAUAUUUAUGUAUACAAACAUGAUAAGAAUGAAAGAAAAAAAAUUGAAAACAAAUAAAUAAGUGGAACAAAUAAA